AUGAUGAGCGGUGUUCAAAGAGCUGAGCAAGAUGCCGAUGACCUGUCGUUGCACACAAACUCAUCGCUCGAAACAUCGGUCGGCGAUGAGAUCGGAAGGCCACAGACGCUGCACCACAACGAGCUCAGCACGAGCGGGACGCAUCUUUCUAAGAAGUCGACGCUGCGAGACAAGAGCCUGAUGGUCCCCAGAAAGCAACGUCGUGGAAUUCUUGCAAAUCUCUCAGUGGUUCCGGAAUACAAGGACGCGAGAAACUACCCAGGAAAGCUCAAAGCCGGAAUCAUCUUUUUGAUAGCUUACGCGGCGAUGAUGGGGCCUAUGGGUACCUCCAUCAUUUACCCGUCGAUCAACCCUAUUAGCGAAGACUACAAAACGACCACAAUGAUGGUGAAUGUGUCUGUGGGAAUAUAUCUGCUAAGUUUGGGCGUGCUGCCGCUGUGGUGGUCGUCGCUGUCGGAGCUGCGAGGCCGCCGCACUGUUUACGUCCUGUCGUUUUCGCUACUGUGCGCAUUUUGCGUUGGCAGCGCACUGGCGCCUAACAUUCAGGCCUUCAUCGUCUUUCGGAUGCUGUGCGGCGCGUGCUCAGCUAGUGUACAGAGCGUGGGCGCCGGCACUGUUGCUGACUUAUUCAAGCCGGAGGAUAGAGGCAAAAUGCUUGGUUACUAUUACCUUGGUGCCCUCAUGGCGCCGCUCCUCGCCCCUAUCAUUGGAUCUUUAUUGGUGAGCAGGUGGAGCUGGAGGUCCACGCAGUGGUUCAUGGUGAUCCUCGCGGGAGUUAACGUGCUUCUCUUGACGCUCCUUCUGCCAGAGACGCUAAGAAGCCAGGACAGUAAGAGUGCCAUCGCUGCAAUUUUGGCUGAGAGGAGGAACGGCGCAAAGGCGGCGGCAGGCGCCACCACGGACAGUGCCAGCGACGCAAGCAAUGCGAUCAAAGACAAGGAUGAGCCAGAAGCCUCUAAUUAUGACGCCGAGGUUCAACGCGUUUACUCGCGGGCUAGCGAGGCCGCGCAAUAUCCCCGCGACGAAGAAGAGCAUUUUGGCGAUACAAUGGUUGCGCAGAUAACCAGGGUGCAGACGAGGGAUCCCAAGCUAGAGAUGCGGAUGCGGGAAGGCGAGCUGAAAAGGUGGAAAACUAACCUAGAAAAUGAGCUGGAUAGAAUGGAAACGGAGAAAACCUCAGACAAAGCGGAGGUCCUGGAUUUACCGAAAAGGUCCUGGUCAACAACUCUCUACAUUUAUCUAAUCAAGCCACUCAAGUCCCUUCACUUCUUGAGGUAUCCGCCGGUGACACUCGCGAUCACCUUCUCAGCCAUCUCGUUUGCAAUCCUUUACUUUGUGAACAUGACCCUCGAAUACAGCUAUUCUAGAUCGCCGUACAAUUUCAAGCCGUUGUACGUGGGACUGCUGUACAUUCCGAACUCCGUAACGUACGUUAUCGCUUCCAUCUACGGAGGAAAGUGGGUCGAUAACCUGCUGCGACAGUAUAAGAAAAAACAUGGUACGCUGGCCCCGGAGGCACGCAUAUCCUGGAACGUCGUCACUGCCGUUGUGACUUUCCCCAUAUCACUUCUCAUUUUCGGAUGGUGCUUAGACAAAAAACAACACUGGGUUACGCCUCUCGUGGGGACUGCAUUAUUCGGAUACGCCUCUAUGAUGACCAUCGGGGCCACCGUUGCUUACCUAGUCGAUUCCCUUCCCGGUCGAGGCGCAACAGGCGUUGCUCUCAACAACCUCAUCCGCCAAGCGUUUGCCGCUACCGCCGUGUUUGUCACCGAGCCAAUGCUGGAGGGCAUGGGUCCUGGUUGGGCUUUCACAAUGCUCGCCUUCAUAGUUAUUGGCGCCAGCUCUGUCUUGGUCGUCCUUAAAAUGAAGGGCGAUUACUGGCGAGAAAACUACGAUCUGCAGAAACUUUACGACAAGCUAGAUUGA